AUGAAUAGUCAGGAAGUGCCUCUGAAACACCAGCAGCACCUGCAGAGACAAAGAGAUGUCAUCGCCUGCAGGAUGAAGAAGCUUGCAGCUAAGCAGAUGGAGAUAACAAAAAAGACCAACGCGGUGAAGGAGAAAAUCAGGAAAAAGUAUGAGGACAUGAAGCGGGUUCUGGAUGAGGAUCUUCGGAUCACGUUGACCCAGCUGGACACGGAGCACGAGGCCACAGAGAGGUUAGUGGAGGAGAGGAUGGAGGACUGCUACCACCUCACUCAGGAAUUGGACCGGGAACUGUCCAAUGCCGGCGCCCAGAUGAAACCACAAGAGGCCGACAUUCAGAAUCCCGACACAGAAAAAAGGAUAUCUGAGACGCUGAGGAUGACCGACCCUGACCUGAUUCAGAUGGACGAGUUCAAGAAUGAACAACUACUGAGUCUUACCAUCAACCUGCUGCUGUUCAUCAGAUCCCAGGUUCCUGUCACCAAGAGACUGUUUCAGAGCUAUGCCGCAGAUGUUGUCCUUGACGCUGACACCGCCCACCCCAAGCUGAUCGUCUCUCCCAAAGGCGACUCGGCCACCUACACAGACACCUGGCAGGAUGUCCCAGAGACUCCCUCCCGCUUUGACACCACCCUAAAUGUAGUCAGCCAGCAAGGCUUCAGCGAGGGCCGCCAGUACUGGGAGGUGGAGGUGGCCGGGAAGUCCUACUGGGAGCUUGGGCUCACUUACCCGAGCAUCCCGCGCAAGGGCCGUGAGGAGGACUCCUGGCUGGGCCGAGGCAAAGAGUCUUGGUGUGUGGAGUAUUUUAACGGCGACUACACGGCCUGGCACGGUGGCGUCCAGCAUGAGCUUCCUCUACUGGCAGGAAAGCAGUUCACUCGCAUCGGGGUGUACUGCAGCUUCCCCGGGGGGUUGGUGUGCUUUCUAGGGGCUGAUACCAUGACCCCCCUCCACUGCUUCUGCGCCGGGACCUUCACGGACACCCUACAUCAAGCACUAUGUCCCGGUCACGACAACGAAGGCACAAACUGGAAGUCCCUUAAGAUCUGCGAUGCCUCCCGGUCAGCUCCUGUUCUCUGAGGUCGGGUUGUAAUGCCUGAGGGGCAGAUGUGGCCUGCAAUGUGUUGCAAUCUGGGGCCAUGCACUUCAACUGCCUGAUGUGACAUUCUGAACUUGUGACAUCAACAUCGCCUCUGGAUGCUGUGCAUGCCAGGCUAAAUUAGCCUAGAGGAAUUCUUCACGUGUAUCUCUACUUCAGAUUCACGCCUCACGUCAUGUCAUUCAUGCUUUUCUUUAUGGUGGACACACCAAAACUAACAGGACGUUCCUUACCCUGAAGCACACGGUUUAUUUUUAAGUUUAUCCUAAACACUAUGAUGAGUCAGACUACUCAGAUUGGGAAUUUGCAAAGACAAGAGAAAGUGUUGAAUUUAGAAAUACGUUUUUUUAGCAAAUUGAACUUAACGGGAUAAAUUCAUUGUUGGUUGUCAUUUUGUGAUAUUUCUUGAUAGUAUCAAAAAUAUAGUAUAUAGCCAGAAAGUGUCAACAAAAAGAUUUUUUUUUUAAUUCAGAGCAAUUAACUUUUUUUGCAUCUUAAAUAUUUGUGACAUUCAGUGUAUUCAUUGUCACAAACAUCUUCCUGGUCUUAAAACAAGCAGCAGCCUUUCAAUAUGGUCUGUGUUAACAUACGGUACGUGUAAGAAAAAUGACA